UUAAGAAGGAAAAAAAAAAAAAAAAAAAACAGAGACAGAACAAGCACUACAGCCAACAACAGACUUUGGAACAUCUGUGUCUUUCCAUCAGGGAUCUCUACGGCUAAUUCUCUCCCUACCUAUUCCAUCCCAGAAAGAAAGGUUCCUCUCCCUCUGAUGAAUCUUUGGUUUCCAUUCGUCCCCCUUCUGCUAAGGAAUCCCAACUCCAUUGCAGAACCAAACCUUACACACCUCUCUCUCUCUCUCUCUCUCUCUCUCUCUCCCCCUCUGUCUCUCAGUGAUAUCAGUUCGGGGAUAGAAAGAAGAAAAGCAACAUUUGCUGGUGGAACUUGAAACGGGACCUGAUCAGUAGGGCUCAAUCAGAGUGAUCUGAAGUCACUCUCUGAUCUGUUCUUCCUUUCGAAGGUCCAAGACAAGGAGGGUCCAUAGAAACUCCCCGGGUUGGAAUUGAUCGAGCUUCUGAGACAGCCAGAGCCAAUCCAUGGGAUCAUCAGCAAGAGGCGGAGAGUCGGAUUCGGAGAAGCUGCUUCUCUACCUAUCAAGUGACUCAGCAGGCUCGGAACGAUCGACUCCAAUGGAAACCUCCGAUGCAUCGGCAAGUUAUGCAAAAACCAAUGAUGCCCUUUUGGAUGGAGAGGCAGAUGGUAUGAAGGAAUUGAUGGGAGCUUUAACAAGGAGACGCAGCUUGAAGGUGGCCAAGGGGUUGACAAGAAUGUCCAGCUUAAAACCCAGAAGGCCUACCACUAGGAAAGUUUUCAGCGGAUCAGAGCGGAAGAAAAAAUUGAAGAAGUUGAGGUCGAUCAAGCUCGUGGGUCCGGCCAGCAGCUCAUCAAGAAGACAGGAGGGUUUAGAUCAUGACCAGCUCUCAAGAUCACGGGAUGAAGCAGAUGUGCCACCGAAUUACUUGAAGGCAACGAGGUCUUCUGAUGUGAAGAAGGUGAAUUCUCAACCGAGUCCUCACAAGUCGGAGUGUAGUAUUAGCAGCAGUGAUGGUGAAGGGAAAAUUGUGAAUAGCUUUACCAUAAGCACUGCUAGGAACAAACCCGUAAUAGCUUUCAGGAGAACAGCCAGUCUCAGACCAGUGAGAAUCUUGGCAAAAGUGCCCAGCUUGAAACCGAAGAGGCCUUCCACAAGGAAAUGCUCAGACAAUUCCAAGGUUUCCGACUCGAGUGUCCACAGCGCCACCUGUUCUUCUGCAAUCAAGGGCUCUAAGUUCCUCGCCCAAGUGGAGAACCAACAGGCAGGAGAUGUGUCUGAGAAGAUUUCUGCCAUGAAAGUCUGUCCUUAUAGCUAUUGCUCCCUCCAUGGUCAUCAUCAUGCUGCUCCAACGUUGAAGCGAUUGAAGUCUGCACGAAAGCGUGUGAAAAAUCAGAGGAGCAAGAAGUUGGAUGUUCUUUCGCGAAGUGGAAGGGAGGAUUUUGAAAAAGAGAGUUCCCAUGAUGCUGAGAAGGUCAAGAAGGAAUUGACUGAGGAGAUCAACUGUAGAAAAGAUGCAGGUUCAAAUGCUGAUGAUGGACGAGACAGGGUCAAAGAGGUUGCUGAAAAAGUUUUUCAAGAAAAGAAAGAGCAAAGCAGGACAGCCGACCCUCCAGUGGCUCGUGAGGAGAAUCUAUGUCAAGCAUUUGAUUCUUCUUUAAAAGCUCCAGCAAAUCAGAAAGCCCAUGAACAAAGAGAAUCUGCAGUAGACAUUCUCGAGUCCAUUAAUGCAGAAAGGAAGGAAAAGGAGGAGUCUGGAGAAGGCCCCGGUAGUAGAGGAAGAAAGUUUGUUUCCAUUGGAACUCAAACUGAUCUGGAACUUGAAGAGUGGGGAAAUGAUUAUUCUGUUUCAUAUCACAUUGAAAACGACCACAGCGAGGAGAUAUCAGAAGCCUUUGAAACUGUCCAAGAAACUGAAGACGAGAACCCUCCCGCAUCAGGUGAACUCAGCCAUGGGGAUUCUACUUCAAACAAUGAGCAACCAAAUUCAUCUAAAGCAGCGGCUGUUGCUGAUGAAGAAGAAGUAGCAGGAGCAGUUGUAAGUGUUUUCCCAACAGAAGAGUUGGGUUCAGCACAUGCAAAAAUGGAGGAAAACCUGGGAUCUCCAGAAGAACCAAAAGAAGCUCUUCCUGAUCUGAGAGAAGAACCGAUCUCAGUACGUGAGGAGAAGAACAAAAACCAGGAAUCUCCUGGAGAACCGAUAGAAGCUCUUUCUGGCUCAACAGGAAUGUCCCUUUUGGCAUGUAAGACGAUGGAUGAAAACCUGGAGUCUCCGAGAGAGUCUGAGCCGGAUAGCACCAGCGACGAUUCAUUUAAGUCGUCAUUUGGGAGACGGAAGUUCAAUGAUCUGUGGUAUCUCAUAUAUCAACACAUGGUAUCAGAUGUAGCUGAAAAUGGGGGAAUUGAAUCACCGGUUCAUCAGGUCAACAAAGAUGCCAACUUGUUGCCUGGAUCGGAUCGGGAUCCCCAGGUGGCAAAUCAUGAUGAAGCUGCCCAACAGGAGGAACUCCAGCAGAGUGAUGCAAUAAAAUUGCUGCAAGAGGCAAUCAGCAAAAUUCUUGAACAAAGUCAAGACCAAUGCUUGAUGAAGAAAUCCAGUGCUGACAACAUCAAUUUCGAUAAGAAGGAAACAGGUGAGGAUCGCUCCAUUGAUCAUAAAAGCGAGAAAGAACCAGACCUGGAAGAAGAGAAGCUGGAAGCUCUUGAAGUGUCCAAAAUCGAGGCGAAAAGAGAAGGAAAUGCAGGAGGCAGGCCAAAUCAGAUGGCAUCUAAAAGAUGGAGCAAUCUGAAAAAAUAUAUCCUCAUGAAGAGGUUUAUCAAGGCGGUGGAGAAGACGAAGAACUUCAGCCGGAGGAUACAGCGAUUUCCGUCCUCGGAAGUAUACCCUGAGCAAGAGAAGGUCAAUCUCAGACGCCAACAGAUAGGAGAGAGGAAAAUCGCCGAGGAGUGGAUGCUCGAUCGUGCUCUUCAGAAGGUAAUUUCUAAACUGGAUCCAGCUCAGAAAAGAGGAGUAGCCUUCCUUGUGGAAGCAUUUGAGACGGUCAAUCCAGUUGCGGGAGGCAAAACUGGCAUGAGCAUGAAUGCAUCAUCUCCAUCUAAUGUUAAUCGUUCAGGAGCCAGAGAGACUGCCUUAGUUCAAAAUGAGGGGCAAUCUACAAAGCACAACGGGGAUUCCGCUGAGAUUCUUACUGUCCCCUCUGAUGAUGGCGAGAGAUAUCAGAAGGAAAAUGAAAAUUUGGUCGCAAGCCCCACUGAGCAAGCGAGUAAACUCAUCUUUGUCAGUGAACAGCCAGGUGAAAGGAAUCUCUCGGUGCCGCCUCAAAAGUCCAUUGACGGAGACAAAGCUGAAAACAGGGAUCAGGUUGGUGGUCCAGCGGUAGGGAGAGUUCAAGAUAUCCAAAGGGAAGGGAUCCCAAGUUCAAAUUCACAGCUUAAGACUGGGAAUGAUGGAAGAAGCAGAAAAAGCUUGUUGGACAGUGACAUUUCAAGGAUGUGUGUAACCGAAGAUCACGUAGAACGAACAGCAGUUGAAGUUUCAAUUUCUUCCGCUCUGGUCCAUGAUGAGCCGAUAAAUCCAACAGCAGCCAGCAAGACUGAUGACGGGGAUGUCAAUUCAAUAAGAACAGUCGAACUGACUGAAGCUCUGGAGAAAGAUGGUGAAGCUUUGGUAGGAAAAGAAGUGGUCCUGGGAUCUCCUCAUUCUGAAGAAUGCAGGGCAGAUGAAGGGGAUGAACCGCAGUCAGAGAAGAAGAAAUAUACAGGGUUGUGGUACUUGAUAUACAAGCAUAUGGCAUCAGGUCUAGCUACAGAACAAGGAAGUGAGCCAAUUGACCCUCGUGUUGAUGGUAACAGACUGGAAGAAGAAAACGAAGAGGAGGAAAGCAGAUCUGUUGACAUGCCCAGCUCUUGCCCAGGUUCAUUGCGAGCCGAGCAGGACGGGCUUAUCAAAGGGAGGGCAGAGGGUGAAGAGAUGAAACUCCGCAAGAUUGAAGCUGUUAAGCUUGUCCAGCAAGCACUUGAUGAGAUGCUUCUUGAAUGUGAGGACAGCUCACCCCAUGAUCGAUCCAAUACCAGCAAUGGUGGAGUUGACGAACAGGAAUCCAAGGAAAAUAGUGGCAGCAACUACAGAGAAAAUUCUCUUCCAGCAUCUACUGAUACUGCUAAAGAUGGUCCCAUGCACUUUGGAAAAGUGAAAGAGAACAAGCCACUGCCGGAUUUAGAGAUACAGCUCAAACCAGACGAUGCUGUCCAUCAAGAAGAAGAAAGUACUGACUUCAAGGAGGGGAACAAAUCGAACCCGAGAUCGGUGAAGAACUGGAACAAUCUGAGAAAAAUGAUCCUCCUCAGUAGAUUCGUCAAGGCACUAGAGAAGGUGAGAAAUUUCAACCCCCAGGAGCGGGGGCAUCUGCCUCUGGACCCUGACAGGGAACGAGAGAGGGUUAAUCUGAAGCAUCAGGACAUGGACGGGAGGAAGAACGCCGAGGAAUAUCUGCUGGACUAUGCACUUCAACGAGUUGUUUCCAGGCUCACUCCAGCCCGGAAGCAAAAGGUUCACUUACUCGUGGAGGCUUUUGAAACAGUCACUCCCCCUCUCAGGAAAUGAUAUCAACUUAGGUACGCUGUCAACAGCUUCAAAUCAUGCAAAUCCAUGCACAUCAGCCAAUAAUCAAAUGGUUAGUUUGGGACAGAUCCUUGAUUCUAUUUUCUUACUAGGGGUUUUGUAUUCAUAGAGCAGUAUUAGUAGCAGUUGUUCGUACUGCGGGGGUUUUGGGACGAUUUGUGUAUUCGGUUGUUCAUUUUUGUUCAGAUCGUAAUGUACUAAAGUCUGGUGUAUACGAAGCAUUUCAGGACAUGUUUUUGCAUGGAUCA